AUGCCCUAUGCCCUGCCACCACAGGACACAACACAGCAUGCCCUAUGCCCUGCCACCACAGGCCACUACACAGCAUGCCCUAUGCCCUACACCACAGGCCACUACACAGCAUGCCCUAUGCCCUACACCACAGGCCACUACACAGCAUGCCCUACACCACAGGCCACUACACAGCACGCCCUAUGCCCUACACCACAGGCCACUACACAGCACGCCCUAUGCCCUACACCACAGGCCACUACACAGCACGCCCUAUGCCCUACACCACAGGCCACUACACAGCACGCCCUAUGCCCUACACCACAGGCCACUACACAGCACGCCCUAUGCCCUACACCACAGGCCACUACACAGCACGCCCUAUGCCCUACACCACCGGCCACUACACAGCAUGCCCUACACCACCGGCCACUACACAGCAUGCCCUACACCACCGGCCACUACACAGCAUGCCCUAUGCCCUACACCACCCACUACACAGCAUGCCCUAUGCCCUACACCACCCACUACACAGCAUGCCCUAUGCCCUACACCACCCACUACACAGCAUGCCCUAUGCCCUACACCACCCACUACACAGCAUGCCCUAUGCCCUACACCACCCACUACACAGCAUGCCCUAUGCCCUACACCACCCACUACACAGCAUGCCCUAUGCCCUACAUCACCCACUACACAGCAUGCCUUAUGCCCUACACCACCCACUACACAGCAUGCCCUAUGUCCUACGACACAGCAUGCCCUAUGCCCUACACCACAGGCCACUACACAGCAUGCCCUAUGCCCUACACCACAGGCCACUACACAGCAUGCCCUAUGCCCUACACCACAGGCCACUACACAGCAUGCCCUAUGCCCUACACCACAGGCCACUACACAGCAUGCCCUAUGCCUUACACCACAGGCCACUACACAGCAUGCCCUAUGCCCUACACCACCCACUACACAGCAUGCCCUAUGCCACAGGCCACUACACAGCAUGCCCUAUGCCCUACCACCGCUACACGGCAUGUCAUAUUCACUGCCUCUCUGAUCUCUCUCAGCCAGCAUGACAUGCAGUUGCUGCCUGCCAGGGGAAAGAACACACAGAUAUGA